UGUAUUAAAUAUAAAGUUAUGAAAGAGAUAAGGAGGAGAAUAGGCGUGUGGAUGUAAGCAAUGAAUGUAAAAUGUCGAAAUCCUCUGUUCGACGCGAUGUCGGACAUUGAAGACUGAGGCGCCUUCUUCACAGCACGGGAGAGGAUAUAAGGAGGCGGGCAAUGGAAAUUGUGACUAAUGUUGACAGCAAUGCAGAUAUGUUACCUGUUGAUUCUGAGUCAGACGACGAGGAUCUCCUGCAGCCAGAACGGAACCCGGACCGUUGUGACUCUGAUGACGAAAUUCCACCACGGCAAAGUGAUGGAGAUGAGGAUGAAAUGACUUCUGGACCCCCACCAUUGUCUACUUUCACCCAGCCCACACCUGCCUCACCCUCACAUUCCUCAACUUCUGCCUCACCUUUCACUAGAAAGAGAUCUGCACCAGUAUUGGCCACUCAGCCUGCAUCCAAAAAGCACUCACUUCCAAAGCUACCAUCGUCUGCUUUCUACCAGCUUUCUGCAGCGUCAGACACAUCUGUAAAACCCAGGAAGCGUGGCCGAGGUGGGGCUCCCACUCCUCAGCCAGGAAAAGGAAAAGCAUCAGAUAAAUGUGUAAAACCCAGGAAGCGUGGCCGAGGUUCUUCCUCUUCCAGAACGACAGAAGAAGAACUCGGGUGGCACAACAGAGAGGAGAAUGACCAAACACCAGAGUCACUGAAUUUCACGCCAGCCAGAAAAAAGGCUGAAAGGGGAGAUCUGCGGUGGAUAAGGGAAGGCAAACUCGUUCAUAAAGUGGAUGGACAGCCGUGAAGUGACCAUGUGCUCCACAGUGCAUGCAGCCUUCAGUGGAAAGACUGUCAGGAGGAAAGUGAAACAGGCUGGUGUGUGGCAGACUAAGACUGUUCCCGUUCCUGACGCUGUGUUGGACUACAACCGAAGCAUGGGUGGCGUGGAUGUGUCUGACGCUUUGAUCGGGUACUACAGCGUUCUCCACAAAACAAUGAAAUGGUACAAGACUUUUUUUUUUCAUUUUAUGGACAUUGCCGUGGUGAACAGCUUCCUUCUCCACCUGUUCAAGAUGAGGAGUUACCCCAGCAGGACAAAGCCACACACACAGAAGACUUUCAGGGAGCAGCUGGCUGCAGAGAUGUUGGAAUAUGCUGAAGGCUAUGCACCAUGUUUUGCAUCAAUCUUGAUACAGGGUACUUAUUAUAUGUUAUAGUUUAGAUUCCUAAAGCUUUUAGUCUACUAACCCAUCAUG